AGUUUUUGUUGUCGUUUUGUUCUGCUACAGCUCACGUCCGAGGUAAUGAGUUAAAUUCGAUUUAUUCAGUAAUAGUUUUCCGUUCGCCGCGAAUUCAGAGUGUCGUGUCGUACGUCGCGAGUUAUUUUGUUUCCAUUUGCACCUGAUAUUUUCAAUAUUUCAAAGUGAAUCGUGCUGGAGUUCAUUUCGUUCGGUUGUUUUUGUGAAACUUACAAAAUUUUUGUGUGCACAUCACGUAAACCUAGCUCUCUACUAACAAAUUUGGAUUACCUUGAGUGAAGUGUUUUAGUGCGGGCGAAAUGUCGGUUUUCGGUUGUUAACGAGCUGCAUGGAUUCAUCUUACGCAGCCGCGGAUUCCGACCCAUUGCGCAACGGCAACAGCAACGGCAACGGCAGCGGCCCGGCGAGAAGCUGAUUUAUGAUCUUCGCUCCUCUCCAACGCUAAUCUGAAUGAACGGCGCUUGAUGUGGGCUUUAGCAUGCCAAACAUCGUAGAUCAGCUGUACCUCACAUGCCCAGAAGCCGAUGGCCAACCUAACGGUCCCUCGACACCUGAAAAAAUGGAGCCACAAACAGACGAAGCUCCGAAAUCGCCUACUUCACCCACAGGAGGUAUUCCAACUCGCAAUAUCACAGUAACCGCCCCUAAACCAGCAGCAAACCCCCUACAGUUCAUCAAAGUUGGUCCAGCUGGCCUGUACCGCUCUGCCCAUGAACAAUUGAAGAAAGUUGAAGAGGUGAAAAAAGUGGCUCCAGUUAAGGAUGAAGGAGCCGACUGGCAAAAUAACCUAGAUAAUUGGAAGUCCAGCAGAAGAAAACGACAGGAGCAUAUUAUCGAAAGAGUAGUUGAGGUGAAGAAAUUUGAAUUAGAGGAUCAUGAUCGCAAUCGGAGACGCAGCAAAACAUUCAAUGAGAUGAUGGAAGAAAGGAGCUCCCGAGGAAGGAAGUUGAGUCUACCUAUUUAUCAAGAAGACAACUCGGAUGAUUUAAGCGACCUUGGUUUAAGCACUGUCUCAAGUCCAAAGGAAAAAAAUGGAAAAGAUGAAGAAGAAAGGAAACUGAGCCCAUUGCGUGAAUCUGUCGAUAGUCUCUCGAGCAAAGACGUAGAUAAAAAAGACAAACCAAUUGCAGGGGGUGAUUCAAAUGCAUAUGAAAAAGCUGUUCAAAAUUGUAUUAGCUACGCUGAGAACAUUGUAAAGUCGAGAUCAAGCCAGUGCUCCGGCAAAUCAGAAUCGAAACCUGAAUACCAAAAAUUGAAGUCUGAGUUUGACAGUGUUCUCCGAGGCUCGACUCCCAAAAUAGAAGGGAAAAUAUCAGAAUUACGUCAUCGUAGAUUCAGUCAGUCAGAUUCAAAUGCUGAUGACGACAAAAAGCCUCUCAACCUUCCCAAAGUUGACAUCUCAAAGCGACGAGAAUUGUUCGAGAAAAUAUCCAAUGACACCAAUAAACGUGAUAGUAAGUUGAUGAACGGUGACUUGGCAGCUUCCAAAUCCAUCCGAGAACGUUUAUCGUCUCUUGAAAAAUCAAACGAAGAGAAAUCAACCAGCCGCACCAGAGUCGAGUCUGAGGUUUCAGUGAAAGAGCGUCUAUCUGCAAUGGAGAAAAUAACCUCAUCAGUCGAAAGCUCCCCGCAAAAAACCACUCCUCCAAAAGUGGCUCUAGUCGAGGCACCCAGCAAUCCACCAGUAGAAAUCUACCGUGAGUACAAAGAUGAUGACCUGGAAGAAAUGGAGCAGCUGGAUAUCCUGAAAGACAAGAUCAAAGACAUCGAGGAGGAGCACAAAAAAUACAUCAGCUCACAAAUGGCAGCAAGUGAAUAUCAAGAUGGAUUAUUUCUUCAAGAGCUGAGGCAAUCUCAUUUCCGACAUGCCUCGCUCGAUAGCCUUGAUGUAGAUAAAUUUCGACUGAGCAAUGAAGCCUUGAAACGUGUACAGAGCCUUGAAGAUUUUGACUACUGUCCAAAUAAGAAUUAUCCUGCAUCAUACGUAAGCGGUGAUACUGAUAAAGAAGACUCGGGGAUCCUCACGGCUGAUGUCUCAAGCUCAGUUAGUCAGGCUGAUGACUACAAUCUCCACCUGGACCAAGAUCAAUCUAUAAAUCAUCAUCCAAUCAUCAUAGAGGAGAUUGCAAAGGGGAGGGAUAAUUCUGAUCAAUACUGUAUGUCAGAAAAUCCGGCCCCAGCAAAGCUUGAUAAUACCAACCAAUACGUUACCAGUUUUCAGCAAUGUGAAGAGAGUGCAGAGCGUUAUGAUGCUGGCCACAACCAGUCCUCUCGAGAACUGCUUACUAAUGCUUCUAAUGCCUUAUCGCAGUUGGUGAUUUCUUCGGCAAAUGAAGUUCCUAUGUGUGAAGCCUCUGAAGGAUGUGAUCCUGUGAUAAAUAUUUUGCCGGACAUGAUGCCAGAUUCCGUCUUUCCUCUUGAGAAUUCAAGCAUGCUGGAGCCUCCUAAAGAAAAGCCUCCGCCUCCUCCAGUUGAAACGAAAAACGAAAAGCAGGCACCUAUUAAAAGUAUUUUAAGGAGGUUAGAUUCUACAAAGCGAAUUAAGAAAGAGCUUCACCAAAAGCGAUCUUCGUUCCUGGGUAUAGACAUAGAUGAUGAUGCCUACCUAAAAUCAGAUGUUGACCUUGUGAAACCACCACCAGACAUGGCAGCUUUUCUCCAAGAGGAGCGGAGACUGGACCAAAAAAUGCAUCUGCAGAGCAUCUCUCGAGAAAGUGAUUCCACUCAAGGAGAGUCAAGAGACUCAGGUGUUGAACUUGAUCGAUAUCACCCAGAUGAUAUUGGCUGGCAUCAGAGGCAUGACAGUGAAGAAAAUCUAACAGAUCCAGAAUUCUCAGAACGCGAACCGCCAAUGCAGACUGAAAAUUCUUGGUCACACAACCGUAGAUCCCUGCAAGAUGUAUCACACCCGCCACUUAACUGUGCCCCAGCAAAGGGAUCCCUAGACAAUCUGAGCCAUGUUGAAACGGAAUCAAGGUCCCUGCAGGAUGUGUCGCAAGUGCCUUUAACGUAUGCAGACUAUAAGCCAGACAACCUCUCUCGUUUCGACUGUUGUCGUUCAAUGCCCAAUUUGCAGGAUGAAAUGAUCUCAAUGCAACGAUGUAGGGCUCCACUGCAGCCCCCAGUCAAGAAGCAAAGUUACUCAUCCAGAGAUAUCCCUGACAGAUCAUCUGCAUCACAACAAAUGUCGAAGCAAACCAUACAAGCUCUCAGUGCAGCCCCUAAACCAAGACUCAUUGCUAGUGAAACUUGGAUGCAAGCAAAAAGGAAGCCAAAACAGGAGUCUUUUAACUAUCAACAUUGGCUCAUCCAGGAAGCAGAACAUAGGCGACUGACUGACCAGAGUAUGCGCCUUUCGUACCCUUCAACAAAAAGCAACUCAAACUAUCCUCAAACUUCCACAACAGCGCCACCCCCGCAGAAUAUAAAUGAUCAGUGGAUUCAGCCCCAUUGGCAGGAUAAGAAUGCAAACCAGCAGUGGCAAACUAACUACUCGUGUCAGCAGUGGAGCGACUCUCAACAAUGGCCGCAACAACAGUGGAAUGGCAGGAAUGUGCCUGAGCGGCCUGUUGCCAACGGCAACCACUGGACAGGACCAGGUUUUGGAGCCAAUAAUGACUGGAAUAACUAUAAUAACGGCCAGCGGUCUGAUAACAAAAAUCAACAGUGGAAUGGAGGGCAUCAAACAGACCAGUGGAAGAACGGAAGAAACUCAGGGCAUGACAAAGAGAAACCUCUACCUGUCUCAAUCAUUCAGACCCUAACCCAGAGGGUCCAGAAUAAAAUGUCGCUUUCGAAUAAGAUGAGUGACCCUGGAAGGAGAAGCAGUCAGCCAAGGCCUGAAGCACCACCAACAGAAACCAGAGACAGAUCUGCCCAUUCAGGGAAUAGCGACAAUCAUCAGGAGAAAAUACUGAGUGUCAGUGGGAAGAAAAAGUGCUCCCAUUGUGGGGAUGAAUUAGGACGUGGAGCUGCAAUGGUUAUUGAAAGUCUACGAUUGUUCUAUCAUAUAGACUGUUUUAAGUGUUGCGUAUGCCAGGUGCAACUUGGAGAUGGACUCAUGGGAACUGAUGUUCGAGUUCGGAACAACAAGCUCCAUUGCCAUAACUGCUAUUCUAGCGAAGAUGGUGUCAAAUUCAGUUGUGUUUGAGAUGUCCUGCCAUCAUGAGCUAUACAUCCUUGAAGUUGCCAGAAAAGAUGGAAGAUACGAUACCAUCCUUAGCCGUACCUAUUGUCUAGUGUCUAGAAUAGUACCUACUUUCUAUUGGCUGUCUGAUUGUUAUCUUUGAAUAAAGUGGCAAAAGAAAAUUGAUAUUUUCAUGAAAAGAGUGUAUUUUAUAAAAUUAUUGUUAUCUACUUUCUUUUACUCUCUAUUUUUCCUCGACUCAAUAUUUUUGUAGAAUUUGUUGUUUUUAUUUUUAGUAUUUUUAUCGAAUUUGUUAGUGAUUCUGUGCCUUGUUGUGAAGUUUUGUGUAGGGACCACGAGAAUUGCCAGGGAAGCAAAUUUUUCUGUUUGUUGCAGUUAAAAGAAGAAUUUAUGGUUUAAUUUUUUGUAAUACAUAUAUCAAUCAAAAUCUCCGACGUAAAAUUCUAUUUUUUGGUGAACCUUUUAGAUUUAUUCAAUGUCACACAUCGAGUUUUCAAAAAAUUUCAGAAAGAAGAAAAUAGUUUACUGUAGGCAGGUCUGAUAUCUGGUAAUCUGUUUGGAUAAAACUUAGAAAAGUUCCAAUUCGUGGACGCAGAGAAAUGACAUGAUUCCAAGGUCAAUUGAUGUGUGCAAAAAAAAACUUUAGAAAUAGUUUCUUGAAUCUAUUUUUUUUUUUUUAAUUACAUAGUUAUUUAAAUGGAGCGAGUGUCUCCAAAAAUGAACUUUAAUCAAUUUAACAUACUAUUUCCUGUGGACUGCCGUAUCUAUGUGUUUCCGAUGUUUACUUUCAGCCUCAUUUUCCAGUGAUAGAAAAGCAAAAAUGUCAAAUCUUCCAUUUUCUGCCCGAAGUGCACCAGAUCCCAAAGUUGUUUUUCAUACCUGAUUUAGGACCUUUUGAACACAUUAAAUGAGUUUCCAGAUUAGUUCAGUCAUACUAAAAAUGGAUUCUUGGUAAUGAGGUUGUAGUAAAAAAUUUUAGCUUCCAUCCCUCGCGGAAAUUAGCUUAAAAUUCUGAACACAAGCCAUAAAAUUGUAAUACUCUGUGUUGUGCUUUACUUAAAUUUGCAAUUUUAAGCUAUUCUUGUUUGUUUUAAAAUUUAGAAGAAAAUUAUUACAAAAUCAAUAAAUUAAUAGUCAGUUUUAUCUGUUAAUCUAUGCAAUACCAGCCUAUAUUGCUGGUACCAGAUUUUUGCUGACAGCAAAAAAGUUUUAUUUCAUUAAUACUCGGGUAUCAACCAUUUUGUGCAAUAGCUCUUUCGAGAAAAAGUUGCCCAUUCAAGAACUUCUUCUGUUGUUCAAUUUUUAAUAGGAAACCAACAGACACUACAAUUAUCCCGAAUACUUUUCCUUCCAAUGAAAUAUUUCGAGUGAAUUGUUGGCCUUCCACCAGAUGAAAGACGAGGGAACAAAAAAUGAAAAUAUAAAAACAGAUGUAAAACUUUGCAGGAAGCCAUCAACUUAUUUCAUAGCUUUUAAGAACAGAAGUAAGUAAUAGAGACUGUCACUUUUGAUCAAGGAAUUUUGACCUCUUACAUUCAGAAAGAAGAGAUUUUCUUUGUUUUCCAUUAGAUCUUGUCAAAGUUGUUCAUGUAUUCAAUGCAUUUCAUUACUUUUUGGCUAGAAAGCUUAUUUUAAUUGUGUCCUAAAGGAUACUCUCCCAAAUUUGUAUGCAUAAAAAACUGUGAUCUUUUGGCCCUUCUUUAGUAUUUUAGAUGAAGAAGAGCUUCUGAAGGAGCUUCCAAAACGUUGCAUCUAUCUGUUGAUAUAUGUUAUUUUUUCUUUUGCUUUGUGAAUUUUCUUAUGCCAAGUCAGAAAUUCAUAUGAUCAGUUGAAUGAACUGUGUUAUUCGUAGCUGGAAGUUGAACUUGCGCCAGAUAAGUUGACAGUUGUUUACUUUUGACUGCCAAGCGAAGUAGACUGAUUCAUGUUCCUGCAAACAGCUACAGUAAAUCUUCCAUGGCUGGAAACGGAAAGUAAACAACUGUUAACUGAUCUAACGGGAGCUCUAAGCAUUUUUAACGCAAAUGAUCAUGUAUAUUACGUGUAAGAAUCUGUAUGAAUGAAAUGUAAAUUGCAGAGUAACCCAAGCUACCUUUGUAGAGUAUUAAGAUUUCACCUCUUAAAAUGUAAAUACCCGUUGAUUUUAUGCCAAAUAAUAUUUACCUACUUAAAUUGUGCCUUAAUUGAAGUGUAUCCAUUGUGGAGGAAAUUUUAAUAUUUUAUUUUUCCCUGAAUGUUCUUUUUUAUGGUAACACAACCAUUGUCUUUGUAUUCUGAUGUCAACCACAUCUGCUCCGUCCGCCAGUGUUUUUUACUGAUUUUUACAAAUUUUUGGUCGAAUGGAUACUGCCCUGAAAAUUGAAUCUGGUUCAUUUUAAUCAAAUAAAUGUGAGUUCUGAUAAUUCCCCUACAAAGAAGUAAUUUUGCGGCUGAGAGUUAACUAAUAUUUGGCACCUUGGAAAGAAUAGAUGAUGAAGCAAGAAGGACCAUUAAAAAUAAAACUGGCAGGAAGAGCGAAGUUUCCCUGAUAUGUAAUUAGAGGAAUUGCGAAUGUUAAAUCUUGAUGUUUCAUUUAUACUAAAGUAGCCUGAAAUAAAUUAAUGCAUACUCUUUGACUCAUUGGUUUUUAAAAUUAAUGGAAGUAUUAGCUGUGCCAGAUUUGUAUUUUUAUCAAAUCUGUAAAAAACUUGGCGAAGUACACUUCUUACUUUUGUUUUGCUGAAAAAUUUGGAUACUCUUUUCGCCUAGUGGUAUAAAUAAUUCUGAUCUUUGGAGUAAUAUUUUUAAAUCCAUCCAUCACUCAAUGAAUUCAUUCAUCAUCAAAUUCAAAAAGGGAGCAGUUCAAUAUCAAAGGUGCUCAGUUUCAUUCUGGAAUACGGUUUUUUUAGUUUGAUUUUGAAAAUUGAUGAAAUUUCUUUUCUCUGAGAGAUUCCCUACAAAACCGGCCUCUGCGCACAAAUUGUCGUUUUUUUCCCCCCUGUUGAUUUUAACUUAUGUCCAGUUAAUUUUCAGAGGCCGAGGAAAGCAUUUGAUUAGAUAAGAUUUAUUUGCAAUGAAAUGGAUUUUCAUCUCCCCCAAAAAAUCUCUCAUUCUUGAGAGUCCUUAUGAAGAAAACUUCAAUUUUUUGUCUCAUAAAGGAUGCAACAUGUUCUCAUGUCUAAAAGCAUCACCCUCCAAGAGUAAAAAUUGAUUCAUUGCCAGCGUUAAGGUCAAUUUUUUUCUGUUUUCUUCUCACUCCGUCCUCUUUAAUUUAUGGUACUUCACAUUUUGCCUACUAUUUUUAAGCCUUCUCUAGCUCUCCAGUAAGCAAAGAGAAACCCUGUUUUUAUUGUGCCCAUUUUCCCCAUUUACACUUUGUUUUUAUUUGUGUUUUGUUGAUAAGGUGUACUUUGUAAAAAUGCACAUAAUACCUGAAAUUAUAAUGUAAUUUUUUAAACCUAAA